GGUGACGCCAAAUUGCUGUUUUCCUCCCCUUUUGGUUGUCAAGAAGAUGGCAGCUUCCAGGCAGGCAUGAGAGGGAAUACUUCUUCACAAAUCGAAUGAACUUGGGCUAGUGAUUCAUGAGUAGACACCCAAAUCGUCUUAUUGCAAAUAGUACAUCGAAAGAAAGGACAUGACUGGUUCCAUGGUGUCUGGGACCACUGGUUCAACUCUACAGCCACGAUGGAAGCGGGUACUGGGAUGGUCUGGCCCUGUCCCUCGGCCCAGACAUGGUCACAGAGCCGUUGCUAUAAAGGAAUUGAUGGUUGUUUUUGGAGGAGGAAAUGAAGGAAUUGUGGAUGAGUUGCAUGUCUACAACACAGCAACAAACCAAUGGUUUAUCCCUGCGGUUCGUGGUGAUAUUCCCCCUGGAUGUGCUGCAUACGGUUUUGUUUGUGAUGGCACCCGGCUUCUGGUUUUUGGUGGAAUGGUGGAAUAUGGAAAAUACAGCAAUGAUCUCUAUGAGCUACAGGCCAGCAGAUGGGAAUGGAAAAAGUUGAAAGCUAAGACUCCCAAAAAUGGCCCACCUCCCUGUCCUCGACUUGGCCACAGUUUCUCGCUGGUGGGUAACAAGUGCUACUUGUUUGGAGGACUGGCUAAUGACAGCGAGGACCCCAAAAACAACAUCCCCAGAUACCUGAAUGAUCUGUACACCCUGGAGCUUCGUGCUGGCUCCAGUGUUGUGGGCUGGGAUAUACCAAUUACUUACGGUGUUUUGCCGCCUCCUCGCGAGAGCCACACUGCCGUAGUAUACACAGAAAAGGACAGCAAGAAAUCUCGCCUGAUCAUCUAUGGAGGGAUGAGUGGCUGUCGUCUGGGAGAUCUAUGGACCCUUGACAUCGACACCCUGACCUGGACUAAGCCAUCAGUGAAUGGCACAGCACCUCUGCCCAGGAGUCUUCACUCUGCCACCACCAUCACAAACAAGAUGUUUGUGUUUGGGGGAUGGGUUCCCCUGGUUAUGGAUGAUGUGAAGGUGGCCACACAUGAGAAGGAAUGGAAGUGCACAAACACACUGGCCUGCCUAAAUCUCGACUCCAUGGCCUGGGAAUCAGUGGUGAUGGAUACUCUGGAGGACAAUAUCCCAAGGGCUCGGGCAGGACAUUGCUCUGUGGCCAUCAACUCUAGGUUGUAUGUCUGGAGUGGCCGUGACGGUUACCGUAAAGCGUGGAACAACCAAGUCUGCUGUAAAGACCUCUGGUACCUUGAAACAGAGAGGCCACACGCUCCCUCGAGAGUGCAGCUAGUCCGUGCCAACACCAACUCCCUGGAGGUAAGCUGGGGCGCUGUGUCCACCGCAGACACCUACCUGCUGCAGCUACAAAAGUACGACAUUCCAGCCGCCACUGCUGUGACCUCGCCGGCCCUCAAUGCCGCCACCUCUCUGCAAGGGAACUUGCCUAAGAGCCCAGCCACAGCUGCUCCCUCUGCUCAGAACCUACCACACACAGCUAUCUUGAAGGUGGCAGCGCCUCCAUCUGGCACGGGUACCUCCCUUGUCACUGUGCGACCAAACCAGGCUGGGAAAUCCCCUGUCACUGUGACAUCACUUCUUCCAGGAGUUCGCAUGGUUGUUCCUGCCCAGACCGCCCAAGGAACACCAGUCGGCAACAGCCCUCAGAUGAGUGGCAUGGCAGCUUUGGCUGCAGCUGCAGCAGCCACACAGAAGAUCCCACCCUCUUCAAGCACUGUACUCAACAUUCCAGCAGGUGCCACCCUUGUCAAAACCAUGGCUGUCUCCCCUGGCUCCACCACAGUCAAAAUGGCAUCUCCUCUCAUGGUUAGUAACCCAGCCACUCGCAUGCUGAAGACAGCUGCAGCUCAGGUGGGCACAGCGACCGUAUCGUCACCCAACUCGCCCAACAGACCCAUCAUCACUGUGCACAAGUCGGGCACGGUUACCGUAGCCCAGCAACACCAGGUGGUUACCACCAUGGUGGGAGGAGUCACCAAGACCAUCACCCUGGUCAAGAGCCCCCUCACAAUGGGAGGCAGCGGCACUUUGCAGAUCUCCAACCUUGGCAAGAUGAUGUCUGUGGUACAAACCAAGCCAGUGCAGACAUCAGCUGUUACAGGCCAGGCUUCCACUAACCCUCUCACACAGCUCAUACAGACUAAGGGUUCUCUCCCUGCCGGCACCAUACUGAAGCUGGUGACCUCAGCGGAUGGCAAGCCCACCACCAUCAUCACCACGUCCCAGGCGGGAGGAACAGGGAACAAACCCACCAUCCUGAACAUCAGCGGCAUGUCGCCCACCACAACCAAACAGGGCACCACCAUCAUCAAGACCAUCCCUAUGUCUGCUAUUAUGACCCAGCCUGGAGCCACAGUGACCAGCAGCACAGGGAAGACGCCCUAUACUAUCAUCACCACCAAGAUGAUGACCACUGGCACUCCAGGCAAAAUCAUCACCACCAUGCCCAAGCUUGGCACUGCAACUGGCCAGCAAGGGCUGACACAGGUGGUUUUGAAGGGAGCUCCUGGCCAACCUGGCACCAUUCUGCGCACUGUACCCAUGGGUGGAGUCCGACUCGUCACCCCGGUCACAAUGUCUUCUGUCAAGCCCAAUGUAACUACACUGGUCGUCAAGGGAACAACUGGUGUCACCACCCUGGGGACUGUCACAGGGACAGUCUCCUCCAGUCUGGCAGGGAGCUUUGUAGCCAGUGCCAAUGCCUCUCUGGCAACUCCAAUCACCACCCUGGGCACCAUUGCCACCCUGUCCAGUCAAGUUAUCAACCCCACUGCCAUCACUGUGUCAGCAGCCCAGACCAGUCUGACCACAGCUACUACCCUUUCCACUUCCACCAUGUCGGCAAACCAGCCAACCCAGGUGACUCUCAUCACCACCCCCAGCGGGGUUGAGGCCCAGCCAGUGCAGGACUUGCCUGUGUCCUUCCUGGCCUCCCCCACCUCUGAGCAGCCCUCUUCUACUGAGGUUGGCGAUGGCACUGUCACCAUGGUCUGCUCCAACCCCCCCUGUGAGACCCACGAGACGGGCACCACCAACACCGCAACCACAGCCUCCUCCGAUAUAGGUGGGGUGCAGAGGGUCUGCUCCAACCCCCCCUGUGAGACCCACGAGACGGGCACCACCAACACCGCAACCACAGCCUCCUCCGAUAUAGGUGGGGUGCAGAGGGUCUGCUCCAACCCCCCCUGUGAGACCCACGAGACGGGCACCACCAACACCGCAACGACCGCCUCCACCGACAUGGGCGGGGCAAUGAGGGUGUGUACAAGCCCUCCAUCAGAGACCCACGAGACGGGCACCACUAACACCUCAACCAUCGCCCACACCAUCAUGGGGUCUAACCAACUGGGCACUGUCCAGAGUAGCUCAUCCUCUCACCCCCCAUCUCUGUCCUCUCCCCCUCAGACGACCACCUCUUCUUCCCCCGGAACCGCCACAGGCAAACAGGGACCAGAGAACCUGAGCACCGGCACCACAUUCACCCCCACCACGGCAUGCUCCAACAUGGGCUCAGCCCAGACCGGAACUGUGCAGAGUCCAAAGCCAGCCAUGGGCUCUACGGUGUGCUUAAACCCACCCUGCGAGACACAUGAAACAGGCACAACCAACACUGCCACUCAGUCCUUGUCCAGCAUGGGUAAUGGGCAGACUGGCACUGUGCAGAGGGUGUGCUCAAACCCACCCUGCGAGACCCACGAAACUGGGACCACCAACACCCCGUCCCAGGCCAACUCAAACAUGGCCGGGAACCAGACUGGCACUGUGCAGAGGGUGUGUUCCAACCCCCCCUGUGAAACCCACGAGACUGGCACCACCAACACGGCAACUACUGCCACAGCAGAUGGAGCAGACAGUGCCACCAGCAGUACAGAGACUCCUUCCACCACUGCAUCAGAAACAACCCCAGCCACCAUCCAGAGCAGAGCCAUCACUACUGUGACCCAGUCCACACCAGCCCCGGGGCCCUCAGUACCUUCCAUUUUGUCGAUCACUGAGGGUGCAGCAGGUUCCACAGAAGAGCCCAUGCAGACAGACACGGCCACGGAGGGGGGAGAGACGGCUAUGGAGACUGGGCUGUCCCCAGAGCUGUCAGAGGGACAGAUGGGGACAGGUCUGUCUGCAGAGGAGCUGGCUGUGACCGCAGCUGCGGAGGCAGCGGCGCAGGCUGCUGCCACAGAGGAGGCCCAGGCCCUGGCCAUUCAGGCAGUCCUCCAGGCAGCACAGCAGGCAGUCAUGAACGAGGGUGAUUCUGGCUCGACCGGACAGCAGGCCAUCACACUCCCCAUCGUCCUGACCCAGCAGGAGUUGGCAGCCUUGGUCCAGCAGCAGCACCAGCUCCAGGAAGCUCAGGCCCAGGCUCAGGCCCAGGCUCAGGCCCAGGCUCAGGCCCAGGCUCAGGCCCAGGCUCAGGCCCAGGCUCAGCAGCAAGGAAACGCCCAGGCCCUACCCACUGAGGGCCUUGCCCCCGCAGACAGCCUCAACGACCCUGCGUCUGAGAGCAACGGGCACCCCGAGAUGGCUGCAGCUGUCUCCAGCGCUGUGGCGUCACUGCUGCCGCGCACAUCCACUGAGACCCUGGCCCCCUCAAGCACAUUUGCUGUUGCCAGUCCAGCCAAGCUGCAAGCUGCUGUAGCAGAGGUGGCCAAUGGCAUUGAGGGUGGGAAGCUAAACCCUCAACCAGCCCCUAUCAAGACUCUUGUAAAAAAAGAGAACCAGUGGUUUGAUGUUGGCAUUGUCAAGGUGACAAACAUGGUGGUUACGCACUUCUUCAUCCCAGAGGACGAUUCUCAAGUAGAGGAUGACUCGGGUGCCAUCCCAGACUAUAACCAGAUGAAGAAAAUGGAGCUGCAACCUGGCACAGCCUACAAGUUCCGUGUCGCUGGCAUCAACGCUUGUGGUCGUGGUUCCUUCUCAGAGAUAUCUGCUUUUAAGACCUGUUUACCAGGCUUCCCUGGAGCACCUUGUGCCAUCAAAAUCAGCAAGAGCCCAGAUGGUGCCCACCUCACCUGGGAGCCUCCCUCGGUGACAUCAGGGAAGAUCAUUGAGUACUCUGUGUACCUGGCCAUCCAGAGCACCCAGACAGCUGAGCCCAAGGCCUCCACCCCAGCCCAGCUGGCCUUCAUGCGGGUGUACUGUGGGCCCAACCCCUCCUGCUUGGUGCAGUCCUCCAGCCUCUCCAAUGCCCACAUAGACUACACCACCAAGCCCGCCAUCAUCUUCCGCAUAGCUGCGCGCAACGAGAAGGGCUACGGCCCUGCCACACAAGUCAGAUGGCUGCAAGAGUCCAGCAAAGAUGGAACCUUGGCAAAACCUGCCCCAAAAAGACCAGUUUCCUCGCCUGAUACUAAGGCUGCUGGUCAAAAGAAGGCAAGAACAGACCAGUGAGAUCGCACAGAUGACACCCCCCCGCUGUCCUUUUUGACCAGGAAGACUGAUCCCUCCAUCCUCAUCCUGACUUCACCCCAUCCUCAAGUUAACCUACAUCCAGCCAGCAACAUAAACAAAAUGGCAGCAGAAACCCUAGAUGGAAGUCAAUAAGAGAUAUGGUUCUGUAGGCAAGACCCCUUUUUCUAUUUGUCCCACUAUUUCUAGAGCAACACAAAUUUAAAAAAGCACAUUAUAGCUUUUACUUCAUAACUUUUUUUUCUCUCUCUCUAGCUACUUUUAUUAUACUUUUUUUUUGGCUACUUUCAGUAGUUGAGUAAUUGUAGAGAAACAUUUACAGCUUCACAAGCUGUGAGCCAGCCUAAACUUAAUGUUAUUUUUUUGAUGGGGGGGGGGUGUAAAGAGAGACUUCAUGAGCUGAUGUACAGUUUGAGGAUGUGCUGAACAGGAGGCAGUGGUGGUGUUAGUUUAGAUGGGAGGAAUUAUCAAAAUGGGAAAACAAACAAAAGAGGUUAUUUUUCCCUCAAGGAGAAAUGUGCUUAAUUUAAGAAAUCAAUCGAUUCAGAUAUCAUACUGGACUCCAGUCUCCUAGUAAUCUCAUCAGUGUGCUUUUCCCCUGAGAUGAGAACUGAGGGCUGAUGCUAUGAAGAGGACAACGAAUCGAAUGACGAAGGAAAACAUUUGUAGUGAGAGACCGACUUUUCUAGGACUGAAACUUGCAGCAUACACACAUCUUGCAAAAAUCUUCCCCAGAAAUUAGCAAGCACUGAUGCAGAAGAUAUUUGUGUAGUUUAUUUUUGUAUUUUUUUAAGCUUUUCCUUGUCACUGUGCAUUUUUAAAACGUCAACUACUUUUUUCGUUUUGUUUACUAUUGUUUGUCUCCAUUGUUUUCAUGUGUUGGUGGGAAGACGGGUGGCAGUGCUGAAGUAGCCACUAUAUUUUUAAAUCCUGGUUCGAUCAGUUGUAUGUUGUAUCAGGGGGUAUGAAAAAGAAAGACUUUUGUAUUUGUUUUGACUAGGACCCCAGAUGUAAUAGGACUGAAGGGAAUUUGAAACAGACCCAGGGAGAGGAGUGCUUUUACUUUGUUUACUACAUCUUUCAAUGCUUGUAUCACUGUGUGUAUGCCAAACAUGGAAAAUGAAUGAAGAAAAAUCUGAUCAGUUGUCAUAUUCCUUCCCUCUUUCCCCGCACAUUUAUUUUAGAACAUGUACCCCUAACUGGCGGCCCACGUUUAGCCCCCCCCCCCCCCCAAAAAGAGUAUAUUUUUGUUGUUGGACAUAACACUGUAAAAACAUCAGGAAAUCAGCUCCAAGUGAUUUUUUUUCAUUUAGGAAAUCUGUUCCUAAGUAUUUCCAUGCAUAAUAGAGAUGUGAUUGUAUACACAUGUAAGCAAGGUUUGAAAUGGUUGUUUUAGUCAUAUCUGGUUGGGCUUCUUUCGGUCAAUUUGCAGUCUACACAUUUUUUUUGUAAUUAUAUUCAAGAAAAAAUCAGCCUGCGGCUUAAUUGAGUUGGUGAUCCCUGUGUUAGACAGAAAUGAUAGUGGUAGAUUUUCUUUCCUUAUACUGUUAGGGACCACCAAAUCCAAUUUACAUUUUUUUUUAGGCUCUUAUUUUAACAACUAUAGAGGUGAGGUGUGCAAGUUAAUUGUGAAAAGUAUACCUUUAAAUUGGGAUGUCUUGGUGGGAAGGAAGAAGCAUAGCCAGAGUUUGGACUCGCUUGUAAAUUAGUUCUUCCAGAGCAAGAAUAAAAUAACAUCUUGGCAUUUUUAUAUAAUUACCUGUACCAAAAUGUUUUUACAUGUUGGUCAUCUCUCAAUUGCCUUUUUGUUUCUUGACUUGUAAAAAAAACUGUCUCCCUGAUUCAAUUGCUAUGACUUGCAUUUAUUAAACAGAUUUGUAAGUUGGAAACACAGCAAGGUUCAUUACCGAAACAUUUGUCUUCAGGAUAAAUCACACAGAGUUUUAUAAAGAGGGAAAUCUUGGAGUGGACAUGACUGUAUUCAGUAGUUGGUGAAAUAAAGAGUUUUCAGAAUGGAAAUGACCAGAGAAGAAGUGAAGUCAAGGGAGAAUGUGUUACCUCUUGAGAUUGUAGUACUUGCACCUUGGUUUAAUUUCUUCUCUGGGCAUCACCUUAGUCUCCAGAUUAUCCUGAUUAAUUUCUAUAUUGAAACCCCUGUUUCAUAUACAUCCAUGAUUUUGUACGUGUCAGUGUCUGUUGAGCAAAACUAGACAUAUGCAUGCAGCCAGUGUAUUUUAGUAGUAAUGCCUUAAGUUUGACCAUAAGCUGAAGGAUCUAAAAAAAUAUCUAAUAAACAUUUAAUGACUUUGUUCCUUUCCAUGUGGUAUACAAAUGUGUCCUUUUCUUCCACAGUACCUUUACCGGGUCACUAUUUUUGCACAGUGCUGAGGUCUUUCAGAACUUUACCUCCCACACUGGGGCAGGUGCUGGUCUUAGCACUGACACUUGUGAGUUUCUUCCGGCUGUUUGCAGGUUAUCUGGAAUUGUCCUGUAUUUUCCAAUGUGUGUUUUUUGUACUGUAGGGAGUAAUGUAUCUUUUAACAUCAAAAUAAACAUGUUAAACAUCA